AUUGUUUAACCCUUGCCUUGAAUUUCUCUCCGUAGGAGUAUGAAAAAGUACAGAGUCGAGUAAACCGUCAGUCAAGGCAAAGACUAGCCGAAGGGAAGGUUCGAAUGGUGGUGACAGCAGACGCACAGAUCGCAAAAAUUGAAGUUCUCGUAGAGCGAGCGCCGAUGGCAGCUGCUCUCAGUGGUGACGUCACGGGUAGAGUGCCACUGAAGGUUAAAAUGGGGGCGCAAGUUGGUAACAAGCAAUACCUGUCUGUGGAUCUCGAUUCAGUUUACAUGUCUGAUAAAGGCACGCCAGUUUACAAGCUUUCAACCGUGGACGCCGACAGACGAAACAGGUUUCGCUUGGUAGUCAGCUUGCUGUUCAUUGAUGGAGAUCGCAGUCAGUCGUUUGCAAGUCCAACGUUUCUGUUGCGAAGCCGAAGACCAGAGAGAAAAAAAUCAUAUUAGUUCUCCCGACGACCCAUGGAGAGAAUCACAAAAGUUACACGUGUCAGUAGUGACACCUUGUGUUCCAGUUCCCCCGUUGACUGAGCGCGCCUCAAGCAAGACGAACGGAAUCUGGGACAAAUCACGUGUUCCGAAUUACAUCAUAAGUUCCAGACCUCUUUAUGUAACGCAGAAGACAAUGAUCGAGAAACAGAUUCUUAUUUUUUUCUUAAUCCUGCUACACAACCCUAUCUAAAAUUAACUUCAUUUUCAAGUUACAGCAUGCCGUGGGGAGGAUCUGGGGCGAACCGCGUGUUCACGAAGACACCGGGGAUCCCUGAGCUCUCAACGGGCAGUGCCAUUUACAACUACCGUUGGACAUAGUAAAGGAAGUAGGCUACUAUUGCCUUGAAACAAAGGCUUAGGAGGUAGUUGUGUUUAAGCCCGGGCCAAAUGGAAACGAAAGUCGACAGGAGAAAAAAUUCUCGGUAUCGUUCGACCUGAAACUCAUAUCUAUAUCCUGACGAUUCUUAUAUACUCCCAUCAAAUUUGAACUUGAUCAAAUCUUCUCGAGACUCGUCGAACCCUCUCUCAAUUGACCCACGUUCACUGUAAGUUUCUGAAAACUCUUCAACGUGGAUCUCUGAGUAUUUUUAAGUCGUUCUUGUUUGGUCCGGACUUAACAAUUUCGUUAGUAAUUUAAUUUGCUACAAACAGUUGCUGAGGUGGUCCGUGCCAAUAAAAAUAAAUUUUAAAAUGAA